UAUAAAUUUUACUCUAUAAAACCACUAAAUUUAUGAACAGUGUUUUUGCACAAAUCUUAACAGAAUAAACAUAAUAUUUUAAAACCAUUAAAUUUCUGCAUUGUGAUUUAAAUCAAAAUUAUGAAAUGUGAUAUUUAUGAUGGUAUUUUAAUAUGUGCUUCCUAUGAUUGCCACAAACUUUAAUAAAUAUUAAUUUAAUUUUUGCAAUCACAUUUGCAUAAAAUGUCUAGAAAUUUACAGUUUUUAGUGUGUCAAGAUCUGGAAGAAUGUGAUGUUAAUCUUUUGAAGAAGUUAUGCCAUAUGCAUUUACAAAAAAGGGAGACUAUGAGUGACCAUAUAGGAAAAAUGUUAUCAAUUGUGAACCAGAUAUAUGAUCAUGGUGUUAUGGUACCUUAUGAUAUGAUAGCUGCUCUCUUACUAUCAAGUGUACCAAAAAAGUACAACAUUAUGAAUGAAACUACUGAUUUUAAAUUAGAAAAUACUGAGUCAUUUCUUAGAUUUGUUAUUAAAAAGCUACUGAUGGAGUAUGAUAAACAAGAUAUUAUGAUUAACAAAAGUUGCGAUAAGAAAUGUGCAUCCAGUAACAAACUAUAUCAAACAAAAAGGACCAUAUUUUGUACAUAUUGUAAGCAGUCAAAUCAUCACAAAGGAAUCUGCAGAUAUUUAAAAAGAAAAAUGAAAAGACAAAUUGUUAAAGAAGGUGUCUGUGCUCAAUCAGAUAUGUCUUUCGAAGCCCAGUCUUUGCAACCUAAAAAGUUACGGAAACCAGGAGUUACAAUUUUAAAAGAAAUUCUCAAGGGAAUCAAACUGGAUGAAAUUCUUAUCAAGGAAAAUAAUGAAAUAUUGCAUUCAUUCUUGUCUAGUUUUAUUGAAGCAAUGAAAAGAAGUGAUGAAAUCUUUAAAUUGAUUUACCAAAGAGUACACUAUACUGGAAGUUUUUACCAUGACUUACGAGUAUCUCAACCAGAUGAAUUUGAUAUAAAUCUCAUAUUAAAUUUUGGUUUUAAGGAGAGUGAUUUUGAAGUAACAUAUAGUCCACAAGUUCCAGCAUAUGCAAGAUAUUAUUUGAAAAAUCCUGAAGCAGCUAUUAAGAAACAUCCUAGACUAUUGCAAUUAUUAUUUGAAAAUAAUUAUUUAAUUUUGGAAAAAGUACGCAAGUGGAUUCAAAGUGUUGUUGAUAAAGCUAUGCAACAUUACACUUUAUCAGUGAAGAAUGUUAGAAUGAUGGAACGUAGUUCAUCUGGUCCUGCAAGAACCAUAAAAUUGAUAAAACGUAAUGGUAGUUGUAUUGAUAUUGAUCUUGUUCCUGUCUUUGCUUGCACCUUGCCAUCUAAACAACCUGGUAUUGAUGGCCGAGUGGAAAGAUUAGUAGGAUCUUCUUUAGAAACCUUUUUAGUUCCAAAGCCAUAUUCUCCACCUGGACAAGCUCCUGUCAACAAAACUGAAAUAACACGAUUGUGGAGAACCCACUUUCCAGAUGCUGAAAAAAAACUUAUUCGCGACAUAGGUUGUGUUAAACCUGUCAUUAAACUUUUAAAGUUAUUGCGAGAUCAAAACCCUUGGAAAAUACUUGCUUCAUACUAUUUGAAAACAGUUGUGAUGUGGAUGAUGUUAGAACAUUUGGAAAAAGAAGGUUGGAAAGAAGAAAAACUGAAGGAACAUUGGAAGGAAGACAAACUGGAUGAACGAUUCAUUGAAGCAUUGAAGAAAUUAACUAACUAUGUGGAGCAAAGAAAUAUUCCAUAUUUUUUCAGUAAAAAGAAUAAUUUGUUGAGUAAAAUUCGACCUGAAGAAGCUUUGAACAUUAGCGGAAGACUGAAGUUUAUAAUAAGAAAUGUUGAAGCUAAUCCUAACAAUUUUUGGCAAUAUUUCAACGUUCGUCCAACAUUUGUAAUAUCAAAUCUUUAAAGGCCAUCCCUCUGUUCAGAAAGGAAAUGAGAAUCAUUUGUGUUGAUGUAUUUUCCGUUUUAAAGCAAAUCCUCAUUUGUCCCCAUAAGACAAAUGUGAAUUUAGAUUUAAAUGCAAAUUCUGUGUAUUGCGAGAAGUGCUUAGGCUAGUUGAGCUGUGUGUUGUAUAAAAAUUGGAACAUAUGUACUUAUUUAAUAUUUUCAACAGUUGUACCAGGAUUUUCCAUUCAAUUGAAAAGCAGCUAAUUCAUAUUUAUUUAUAUAUUUCUCUAAGUUUCUUGCAAAAAUUUGAUUACAUAUUAAAUUGAUCACUUGUCAAUAUUAAAAAAACCACCUUCCCAAAGCUAAAAAUAUUGCAUUAAAGUAUUUAGUCAUUGAAAAAACAAAAUGUGUAUUCCAUGCUAAUUAUAUUUCUCUUAUCAUCAAGUGGCAAAACACAUUUUACAGAAAUUAAAGAGAAUAUGAUCUCAAUAUUCAGAUAAUUUUGACAACUCAUUUGAGACUGUUUGAUUCCAAGGUCAUUAUCAUAAUUUGUUGUCAUGAGAAAUGUGAAUCCAUUUGUACUGAUUACUUCCUAAUCCUAUUUAUAUUUUCCCAUGAGUUCAUCAAAGAUAUUCCCAAUAUUUUAAAAACUAAAAUCAUAUUUUGGAAUUAUUGCUAGCUGUUUAAAUAAUAAUAAUAAUAAUUGAUUAUUAUUUUAAUAAUUUAGUUAUAAUAAUUAUUAUUUUAUAAUAAUAAUAAUUACAGGUAUUUCUUUUUUAAAAAAAAAAUAUAACCAAUUUUUAUUCUGCGAAUCACUAAUAUAAAAUUGAAUUUAUGAAUAUAAUUCUAUGAUUGUCAGUACUUUUGCUCCAUGGAUAAUUUUUCAUAUAAAUACUGAUAUUUGAAAAAUUAUUUCAGCUUUUGUUCAUACUAUUUUGUUAUACUAUGUAUUCCUAACAAAUAUAAAUUUUUCAAAAAUCUUAAGAUAAUGGUAAUAUUUUUAGGAAAUAGUAGAAGAUGAAUAGUGGCUUCUAUUAAUUUAAGAUAUUAUUUACAUUUUUUUAAUAAAUGCAAAUUUAGAUACUGUAUUUUAUAUUUAAAACGCCGGUGCUUUUAUGAUAGUAUUUUUAAAGUAUUUUUUUUAUAAUUGAGAUAAAUAUAUGAGUAAUUAUUUGACAUUUUUAUGCAACUAGGAACUAACUCCUUUCGUAUCUUGAAAUGCAUGGAUUUUUGCAUUACUGAGAAAAUACUAAUGCUGCGUCUGUUCAAGUUGAUUAUUACAUACUAGGGAGUUAGCUGUGCAUUGCUUUGAAUUAGCUCAAAUUUGCUUAGUAAAUUGUCCAUAACAUAUGGGAGUAAUGAAUACAGAACACAGUAAAUAAUUGUUGGUUCCUGAUUGCAUUGAUGUAUUAAUUUUAAAAUACAGCAUGCACAUGGUAUUAAGAGUAUUAUAUAGUAUUAAGAAGGAAUGUAUAUUUAAAGAUUUAUUAUAUUAGGAAUGAACAAUAUUUUAAUUGAAUAAAUGCUAUGUAUAAGUUUUAUCAUUUUGUGACAAUAAAAAUUUUAAUUAUUAAUAUUUUAUGAUUGUUAAACUCCACCCCAAAACAUGUUUUGGUUCGUUUUGAAUAUAUUUUGGUAUGCCUAAUAAAUAGCAUAACAAAAAAAAAAAAAAAAAAAAAAAAAAAAUGCUUAUUUUUUGUUUAAAUGUGCCAUUGUCACUAUGACAAAAUAAGAUAUAAGCUUUUAUUGUAAUGCACUUUUGAGCAUUUGAUUACUAUGUUACACUUUUUCUUUCCUUUUGAAAGAUUUUCUCUUCGUUUUUUUUUUAUAUAUAUAUAUAUAUAUAUAUAAAUAUUGCCUAAAUGUGAUAUGUCUGGUACUUGAUUAUUUCAUCCAUAUUUUG